AUGUCUCAAACUCUCACUUCAGAGAUUGUACUCAAAAAGACAAAGAAUGAUUCACUUAACUCUGUUAAGAAUCUAAACUUGUGGGGCUACAGUCUCAAGGAUAUCUCAGAAAUAAAGAAUUUACCAAAUUUGGAAACUUGCGCUUUAUCAGUUAACGAAAUAGAUAGUCUCGAACCAUUUUCACACUGCAAGCACCUUCAAGAACUCUUCCUUCGUAAAAAUAAAAUUGCCGAAUUUCAACAAUUAAAAUACUUAAUGGAAUUACCAAAUCUUAAAGUAUUAUGGCUUUCAGAUAAUCCAAUUACAAACCUCGAUGACUACAGAUUAUUUACAAUUGCUCUUCUUCCAAAUCUUACAAAAUUAGAUCAAGUAGACAUCACAGAAGAAGAAAGACAAGCAGCUCGUCAAAAGUUCCCUGAUCCGGUUUCAAAAUUAUCUUCUCCUGAACCAGAACCAGCUGCUCAAGAAACACCAGAACAAGAAGCAGCUUUGAACGCAAUCAGAGCUUUAUUGCCCCAUAUGGGACCAACAGAGCUUACCGCACUUCGUGCUGCUGUUAUUACAGCUCGUACAAAGAAAUAA